CUCCGUCUGCAGGGAGCCAGACACACGGGGUCGCGGCCCUCACGUGCCUCGCGCCGUGCGGCCCCCAUCGCCGUCCUCAUCCUGAUCCUAAUCCCAAGCGACCGCGGCGCGAUCACGCGGCGACCAACCAUUUCUCUCGUCGACGAGACGACGUGCCCGCCGCUCGCCACCCCCCCCACCCGCUCGCGCGGCAUAAAUACAGCACGCCACGCCCAUCCCUCUCCCUCUCACCAACAACAGUAACCCAACCAGAGAGCUUGCGGAAGCGGGGGUUUGGUGCGGGCGCGCGCGUGUGAGGGGGGAGAGAAGGCCAGGAGGAGGCGACGCCGUCGCCCGAGGGAGGCAAAAAUCCGAUCCUCCUCCUGCCCUGCUCGCUCGCUCGCUCGCCUGCGCUGCGCGCACUUGGCCCCGUCCCGUCCGUUCCCGCUCGCCAGGCAUAGAAAGAUGGUGCUCUGGGUCUUCGGCUAUGGCUCCCUGAUCUGGAACCCCGGAUUCGACUUCGAUGAGAAGAUCCUGGGCUUCGUCAAGGGCUACAAACGCACCUUCAAUCUUGCUUGCAUUGACCAUCGGGGCACGCCGGAGCAUCCUGCGAGGACCUGCACACUUGAGUCCGACGAGGAAGCCAUAUGCUGGGGGAUUGCAUACUGUGUCAAAGGGGGGCUUAAAAAGGAGCAAGAAGCAAUGAAGUACUUGGAAAGAAGAGAGUGUGAGUAUGACCAGAAGAUCUCUGUGGAUUUCUACAAGGAAGGAGAUUCUUUGAAGCCAGCUGUGACAGGUGUACUAGUCUUUGUAUCCACUCCUGAUCCAGUAGGCAACAAAUACUAUCUUGGGCCUGCUCCUUUGGAGGACAUGGCAAGGCAAAUUGCUACAGCCAAUGGCCCCAAUGGGAAUAACAGGGAUUACCUGUUCUCAAUGGAGAAGGCAUUGUCCAACAUAUGCCAUGAAGAUGAUUCAAUCAUCGAGCUAGCUAACGAGGUCAGGAAGGUGUUGAGCCGGCCGAAGGAGAAGAUCACUGGCUCCGAUAGCCCACAAAAAUCUCACGCUCUCGUACACCUGUCUGCGCUUCCUGAGGGCACUGUUGUGGACUCAAGAUAGCAAGCUCGGCGGUGGAAGAGAUGAGAUCUCCUCUGACCUACUCACUCUUGACGCUGGAUUGAACGAGUUUAACAGUCUGCUUCGAGCUCCCUGGCACACUGGGGAACCAGAAUGUGCUGAUUUUCUUUCGCAACCGCUGCGGCAAUGCUGUAACUUUCAUUUUGCUAAUACUAGAGCCGAGACUGGUGUGCUGCUGUUUCCUUUGACACACUAAAUAAUAAAGGGAUUCCAUGAGCUUUUCACUCU